AAAGUUGUGUUGUGUGUUGAUCGCAGGCGGCCGUUACUUGCGUGAAGAAACAAUGGACUGUGCGCGUCGGGCUUUUUCGAAAAUUUCGAGUGCUGUAGUUGGCUGUGCGUCGUAGUGGCGGCGAUGAGGAGCUGAUAGAAGCGGCAGCAUGUACCCCACCCCCGCGAGGCACCCGUCGGCCGCGGGUCCGCCACCGCAAGGUGGCCAGUUGAAAUUUACUAUUGCGGACACCCUGGAGCGAAUAAAGGAAGAAUUUAACUUUCUGCAAGCGCAGUAUCACACGUUGAAACUAGAGUGUGAAAAACUAGCUAGUGAAAAGACUGAAAUGCAACGGCACUACGUUAUGUAUUACGAAAUGUCCUAUGGCCUUAACGUAGAAAUGCACAAACAGACUGAAAUCGCAAAACGCUUAAACGCAAUUAUCGCCCAAGUGCUGCCGUUCCUAAACCAAGAACAUCAACAGCAAGUGGCUUCGGCGGUCGAAAGAGCGAAACAAGUAACGAUGACAGAACUCAACGCCAUUAUAGGGCAACAACAACAACAAGGUCUUCAGCAAUUGCUUCAACAGAUCCACGCCCAGCAACUGCCCCAUGGUGCCCACGGUCCCGGACUGCCCAUCGGCCCGCACCCCGGGCUCCCAGGGAUGGGUCCCGCCGCUGGACUACUGGGAUUCGGCGCCGGUCUGGGCGCGGGAGUUCCCGGAGCGCCCUCGGGACCCCACGCCUCCGUGGCCGGAGGCGCGCACCCCCUUCUCAAAUCUGCAGAUCUCCAUUCCAGGGAACCCGUUGAUAUUAAGCCUGGAUCCGCGAAUGCCGAAGAAAGACUGAAUUCUGUUUCUCCAGGCGACCGAGAUAAAUACAGAUCGAGAUCGCCUCCAGACGUGGAACAGGAUGUCAAGCGACGGAAAGAAGAUAAAUUGGGUCAUGACAGCGACGGCGAAAAGAGUGACCAAGAUCUUGUCGUAGACGUUGCCAACGAAGAAGCUUCCUCGCCUCAUGCGAACGGAGAACAUGCAACACUUAGUAAUUCCAGCGAAAUUAGGGAAAAUGGUAGCACAAACGGUGAUAAAAUAAAAGUCGAAAGACCCCCGAGCAGGAGCGGCUCGUCGUCGUCGAGAAGCACACCCUCUCUGAAAAGUAAAGAUGAAAAACCCCUGACCCCCGGUUCAAAGCCUCGCUCCACAACCCCGAACUUAGGCUCCACCCCCGGAGCGAGUGGCCCCAAAGUGGGGCUCGGUCAGUAUCCCCCCUACUCUCUGGCGGCAGCCCGCGGCAGUGAGCACCUCAGCCCCUACAACAACGUCGCCCCCUCCCCCUAUGGCCGCCCCCCGCUCAUGGGCUACGACAGCCACCCCCACGCCAGGACCCCUGGAAUCGCCACCAACGGAUUGAGUUCCAUCCCGGGCGGCAAACCGGCUUAUUCUUUCCACAUGAACGGCGAAGGGCAGCUGCAGCCCGUGCCCUUUCCCACUGACGCCCUUAUCGGGCCGGGGAUACCUCGCCACGCGCGCCAGAUCAACACCCUCAACCACGGAGAAGUCGUCUGCGCCGUGACCAUCUCCAACCCCACCAAGUACGUCUACACCGGAGGCAAGGGCUGCGUCAAGGUCUGGGACAUCAGCCAGCCGGGGUCUAAGACGCCGGUGUCACAACUGGAUUGCUUGCAACGCGACAACUACAUCCGGUCUGUGAAGCUGCUGCCCGACGGACGCACCCUCAUCGUCGGCGGCGAGGCCUCCAACCUGUCCAUCUGGGACCUGGCCAGCCCCACGCCGCGCAUCAAGGCCGAGCUCACCUCCAGCGCGCCCGCGUGCUACGCGCUGGCCAUCAGCCCCGACUCCAAGGUGUGCUUCAGCUGCUGCUCGGACGGCAACAUCGCCGUGUGGGACCUGCACAACCAGACGUUGGUGAGGCAGUUCCAGGGCCACACGGACGGCGCCUCGUGCAUAGACAUUUCGUCCGACGGCACCAAGCUGUGGACCGGGGGGUUAGACAAUACAGUGCGGAGCUGGGACUUGCGCGAGGGCAAGCAGUUGCAGCAGCACGACUUCAGUUCGCAGAUUUUCUCGCUGGGGUACUGUCCGACGGGCGAGUGGUUGGCCGUGGGCAUGGAGAACUCGCACGUGGAAGUGUUGCACGCGCACAAGCCGGACAAGUAUCAGUUGCAUCUCCACGAGAGUUGUGUGCUUAGUUUGAGGUUUGCGACGUGCGGCAAGUGGUUCGUGUCGACGGGGAAGGACAAUCUGUUGAACGCGUGGAGGACGCCGUACGGGGCCAGUAUAUUCCAGUCCAAAGAGUCAUCGAGUGUGUUAAGUUGCGACAUUUCGACGGACGAUAAAUACAUAGUGACGGGAUCUGGAGACAAAAAAGCCACCGUGUACGAAGUGAUCUAUUAAGUAUCUCAUGUGAAAGUGUUGUCGGGGCCAUCACCAAACACAAGACUCAAAAAACGUACCUACAUCGAUACAAUGAGAUAAUCUGACGAUUCGAAAGAAAUUUUAAUACUGACUUGAGUACAUGACAUUAUUUUAAUAAAACCUGCCUGUUGCCUAUUUAAUUAAACUUGUAAAUUGAAUAGUGUAGGUACAGCUGUAUCAUUAAGUAAAUUGAGUAAACAGGAAACAAAGCAGUGAUAAUUAUUUAUGUUCUAUUUUAUUUGUGACUAAUGUACAAUAUUUGUUAUUUGUUUACUCAAAUGUUGUUAUUAUGUGUGUGAAUUAGAUGUCUAAAACGGCACAAGUGAUUCAAUUACUUACAAUAAUUGACAUUUCAUUACUUUCUUGAUGUUAUUACGAAACAAAGAUUA